AUGGCGUGCGCUACACUUAAAAGGAAUUUGGACUGGGAGUCCAUGGCGCAGUUGCCAGCAAAAAGACGAAGAUGUGCACCUUUUGCGACAUCAUCCAGUACCAGUCCUGGAAUUAAGUUAAAUGAAAAUAAGCCUUCGACAUUUGGAGAAACCGUUAGUGCUCCUGCAAAAUUGACCCCAGAGCGCAUGGCGCAGGAGAUCUGCGACGAGAUAAAGCGGUUGCAGCGGCGGCGUCAGUUGCGGUUGGCGGCGGGUGCCGCGUCGUGCUCGUCGUCCAGUGGCAGCGAAGGCGACGCGUCGCCGCCGCACCGCACCGCGCACACUACGCACGCUGCCCACAAGGUGCACAACCGUGCGCUCUUCACCUUCAAACAGGUGCGCAUGAUUUGUGAGAGGAUGCUUCGCGAACAGGAGGCAGCGCUGCGCGCGGAGUACGAGUCGGCGCUAAGCAACAAGCUGGCCGAGCAGUAUGAGGCGUUUGUGCGCUUCAACUUGGACCAGGUGCAACGCCGACCUCCACCUGCAACCUGCAUGCCACUGGGUAUGGAUGCCGAACACCAUAUGCAUCAGGACCUAGUCCCCAGCUAUCUGUCCUAA